AUGCAAGAUUGCAAGAACAAGGGCCUAGCGAGGCCUAGCGUGUGCACCAUUCUCUCGCUUUCCAUCAUCCUGUCCCUGUCUCCUGCUUUCCAUCACCCCGCCCCAUUCUCCUUCUUUCCAUCACCCCGCCCCAUUCUCCCUCUUUCUAUCAUCCCGCCCCAUUCUCCUGCUUUCCAUCACACCACCCCAUUCUCCCGCUUUCCUUCACCCGGCCCCAUUCUCCCGCUUUCCAUCACCCCGCCCCAUUCUCCCUCCUUCCAUCACCCCGCCCCAUUCUCCCGCUUUCCAUCACCCCGCCCCAUUCUCCCGCUUUCCAUCACCCCGCCCCAUUCUCCCGCUGUGCAUCACCCCGCCCCAUUCUCCCGCUUUCCAUCACCCCGCCCCAUUCUCCCGCUUUCAAUCACCCCGCCCCAAUCUCCCUCCUUCCAUCACCCCACCCCAUUCUCCCGCUUUCCAUCACGCCGCCCCAUUCUCUCUCCUUCCAUCACCCCACCCCAUUCUCCCUCCUUCCAUCACCUUACACCAUUCUCCCGCUUUCCAUCACCCCGCCCCAUUCUCCCGCUUUUCAUUAUCCCGCCCUAUUCUCCUGCUUUCCAUCACCCCGCCCCAUUCUCCUGCUUUCCAUCACCCCACCCCAUUCUCCCUCUUUCCAUCACCCCGCCCCAUUCUCCCGCUUUCCAUCACACCACCCCAUUCUCCCGCUUUCCAUCACCCCGCUUCAUUCUCCCGCUUUCCAUCACUCUGCCCCAUUCUCCCGCUUUCCAUAACACCGCCCCAUUCACCCGCUUUCCAUCACCGCGCCCCAUUCUCCCGCUUUCCAUCACCCCGCCCCAUUCUCCCUCUUUCCAUCACUGUGCCCCAUUCUCCCUCCUUCUAUCACCCCGCCCCAUUCUCCCUCCUUCCAUCACCCCGCCCCAUUCUCCCGCUUUCCAUCAGCCCGCCCCAUUCUCCAACUUUCCAUCAUCCCGCCCCAUUCUCCCGCUUUCCAUCACCCGCCCCAAUCUCUCCCUUUCCAUCACCCCGCCCCAUUUUCCCUCUUUCCAUCACCCCGCCCCAUUCUCCCGCUUUCCAUCACCCCGCCCCAUUUUCCCGCUUUCCAUCACCCUGCCCCAUUCUCCCUCCUUCCAUCACCCCGCCCCAUUCUCCCUCCUUCCAUCACCCUGUCCCAUUCUCCCUCUUUCGAUCACCUCGCCCCAUUCUCCAACUUUCCAUCAUCCCGCCCCAUUCUCCCGCUUUCCACCAUCCUGCCCCAUUCUCUCGCUUUCCAUCACCCCGCCCCAUUCUCCCUCUUUCCAUCACCCUGCCCCAUUCUCCCGCUUUCCAUCACCCCGCCCCAUUCUCCCGCUUUCCAUCACCCCGCCCCAUUCUCCUGCUUUCCAUCACCCCGCCCCAUUCUCCUGCUUUCCAUCACCCCGCCCCAUUCUCCCUCCUUCCAUCACUCCGCCCCAUUCUCCCACUUUCCAUCACCCCGCCCCAUUCUCCCGCUUUCCAUCACACCACCCCAUUCUCCCGCUUUCCAUCACCUCGCUUCAUUCUCCCGCUUUCCAUCACACGGCCCCAUUCUGCUGCUUUCCAUCACCCCGCCCCAUUCUCUCCCUUUCCAUCACCCGCCACAUUCUCCCUCUUUCCAUCACCGCGCCCCAUUCUCCCGCUUUCCAUCACCCUGCCCCAUUCUCCCGCUUUCCACCACCCUGCCACAUUCUCCCUCCUUCCAUCACCCCGCCCCAUUCUCCCUCCUUCCAUCACCCUGCCCCAUUCUCCCGCUUUCCAUCACCCCGCCCCAUUCUCCUGCUUUCCAUCAACCCGCCCCAUUCUCCCUCCUUCCAUCACCCCGCUCCAUUCUCCCGCUUUCCAUCACCCCGCCCCAUUCUCCCGCUUUCCAUUACCCCGCUUCAUUCUCCCGCUUUCCAUCACCCGGCCCCAUUCUCCCGCUUUCCAUUACCCCGCCCCAUUCUCUCCCUUUCCAUCACCCCGCUCCAUUCUCCCUCUUUCCAUCACCCUGCCCCAUUCUCAUGCUUUCCAUCACCCUGCCCUAUUCUCCCUCCUUCCAUCACCCUACCCCAUUCUCCCGCUUUCCAUCACCCCGCCCCAUUCUCCCGCUUUCUAUCAUCCUGCCCCAUUCUCCUGCUUUCCAUCACCCCGCCCCAUUCUCCCUCCUUCCAUCACCCCGCCCCAUGCUCCCGCUUUCCAUCACCCCGCCCCAUUCUCCCGCUUUCCAUCACACCACCCCAUUCUCCCGCUUUCCAUUACACGGCCCCAUUCUCCUGCUUUCCAUCACCCCGCCCCAUUCUCUCCCUUUCCAUGCACCGCCCCAUUCUCCCUCUUUCCAUCACCCCGCCCCAUUCUCCCGAUUUCCAUCACCCCGCCCCAUUCUCCCACUUUCCAUCACCCUGCCACAUUCUCCCUCCUUCCAUCACCCCGCCCCAUUCUCCCUCCUUCCAUCACCCUGCCCCAUUCUCCCGCUUUUCAUUACCCUGCCCCAUUCUCUCGCUUUCCAUCACUCUGCCCUAUUCUCCCUCUUUCCAUCACCCCGCCCCAUUCUCGCGCUUUCCAUCACCCCGCCCCAUUCUCCCGCUUUCCAUCACCCCGCCCCAUUCUCCCGCUUUCCAUCACCCCGCCCCAUUCUCACACUUUCCAUCACCCCGCCCCAUUCUCCCGCUUUCCAUCACCCCGCCCCAUUCUCCCUCCUUCCAUCACCCUGCCCCAUUCUCCCUCCUUCCAUCACCCCGCCCCAUUCUCCCUCCUUCCAUCACACUGCCCCAUUCUCCCGCUUUCCAUCACCCCGCACCAUUCUCCAACUUUCAAUCAUCUUGCCCCAUUCUCCCGCUUUCCAUCACCCCGCCCCAUUCUCUCGCUUUCCAUCACCCCGCCCCAUUCUCCCUCUUUCCAUCACCCCGCCCCAUUUUCCCGCUUUCCAUCGCCCCGUCCCAUUCUCCCGCUUUCCAUCACCCCGCCCCAUUCUCCUGCUUUCCAUCACCCCGCCCCAUUCUCCCGCUUUCCAUCACCUCGCCCCAUUCUCCCGCUUCCCAUCACCCCGCCCCAUUUUCCCGCUUUCCAUCGCCCCGUCCCAUUCUCCCGCUUUCCAUCACCCCGCUCCAUUCUCCUGCUUUCCAUCACCCCGCCCCAUUCUCCCGCUUUCCAUCGGCCCGCCCCAUUCUCCCGCUUUCCAUCACCCCGCCCCAUUCUCCCGCUUUCUAUCACCCCACCCCAUUCUCCCUCCUUCCAUCACCCUGCCCCAUUCUCACUCCUUCCAUCACCUCGCCCCAUUCUCCCUCCUUCCAUCACCCUGCCCCAUUCUCCCGCUCUCCAACACCCCGCCCCAUUCUCCAACUUUCCAUCAUCUUGCCCCACUCUCCCGCUUUCCAUCACCCCGCCCCAUUCUCUCGCUUUCCAUCACCCCGCCCCAUUCUCCCGCUUUCCAUCACCCCGCCCCAUUCUCCCGCUUUCCAUUACCCCGCCCCAUUCUCACGCUUUCCAUCACCCCGCCCCAUUCUCCCGCUUUCCAUCACCCCGCCCCAUUCUCCCGCUUUCCAUCACCCCGCCCCAUUCUCCCUCCUUCCAUCACCCCGCCCCAUUCUCCCUCCUUCCAUCACACUGCCCCAUUCUCCCGCUUUCCAUCACCCCGCCCCAUUCUCCAACUUUCCAUCAUCCCGCCCCAUUCUCCCGCUUUCCAUCACCCCGCCCCAUUCUCUCCCUUUCCAUCACCCCGCCCCAUUCUACCUCUUUCCAUCACCCCGCCCCAUUCUCCCGCUUUCCAUCACCCCGCCCUAUUCUCCAACUUUCCAUCAUCCCGCCCCAUUCUCUCCCUUUCCAUCACCCUGCCCCAUUCUCCCUCUUUCCAUCACCCUGCCCCAUUCUCCCUCCUUCCAUCACCCUGCCCCAUUCUCUUGCUUUCCAUCACUCCGCCCCAUUCUCAGACUUUCCAUCAUCCCGCCCCAUUCUCCCGCUUUCCAUAACCCUGCCCCAUUCACCCGCUUUCCCCCCAUUCUCCCGCUUUUCAUUACCCCGCCCCAUUCUCCCGCUUUCCAUCACCCCACCCAAUUCUCCCGCUUUCCGUCACCCCACCCCAUUCUCCCGCUUUGCAUCACCCCGCCCCAUUCUCCCGCUUUCCAUCACCCCGCCCCCAUUUUCCCGCUUUCCAUCACCCUGCCCCAUUCUCCCUCCUUCCAUCACCCCGCCUUAUUCUCCCUCUUUCCAUCAUCGCGCCCUAUUCUCCCGCUUUCCAUCAUCCGCCCCAUUCUCCCGCUUUCCAUCACCCUGCCCCAUUCUCCCUCCUUCCAUCACCCCGCCCCAUUCUCCCUCCUUCCAUCACCCUACCCCAUUCUCCCGCUUUCCAUCACCCCGCACCAUUCUCCAACUUUCCAUCACCCCGCCCCAUUCUCCCACUUUCCAUCACCCCGCCCCAUUCUCUCGCUUUCCAUCACCCCGCCCCAUUCUCCCUCUUUCCAUCAUCCCGCCCCAUUCUCCCGCUUUCCAUCACCCCGCCCCAUUCUCCCGCUUUCCAUCACCCCGCCCCAUUCUCCCGCUUUCCAUCACCCCGCCCCAUUCUCCCUCCUUCCAUCACCCUGCCCCAUUCUCCCUCCUUCCAUCACCCUGCCCCAUUCUCCCUCCUUCCAUCACCCUGCCCCAUUCUCCCGCUUUCCAUCACCCCGCCCCAUUCUCCAACUUUCCAUCAUCUUGCCCCAUUCUCCCGCUUUCCAUCACGCCGCCCCAUUCUCCCGCUUUUCAUCGCCCCGCCCCAUUCUCCCGCUUUCCAUCACCCCACCCAAUUCUCCCGCUUUCCGUCACCCCACCCCAUUCUCCCGCUUUGCAUCACCCCGCCCCAUUCUCCCGCUUUCCAUCACCCCGCCCCCAUUCUCCCGCUUUCCAUCACCCUGCCCCAUUCUCCCUCCUUCCAUCACCCCGCCUCAUUCUCCCUCUCUCCAUCACCCCGCCCUAUUCUCCCGCUUUCCAUCAUCCGCCCCAUUCUCCCGCUUUCCAUCACCCUGCCCCAUUCUCCCUCCUUCCAUCACCCCGCCCCAUUCUCCCUCCUUCCAUCACCCUACCCCAUUCUCCCGCUUUCCAUCACCCCGCACCAUUCUCCAACUUUCCAUCAUCCCGCCCCAUUCUCCCACUUUCCAUCACCCCGCCCCAUUCUCUCGCUUUCCAUCACCCCUCCCCAUUCUCCCUCUUUCCAUCACCCCGCCCCAUUCUCCCGCUUUCCAUCACCCCGCCCCAUUCUCCCGCUUUCCAUCACCUCGCCCCAUUCUCCCGCUUUCCAUCACCCCGCCCCAUUCUCCCGCUUUCCAUCACCCCGCCCCAUUCUCCCGCUUUCCAUCACCCCGCCCCAUUCUCCCGCUUUCCAUCACCCCGCCCCAUUCUCCCUCCUUCCAUCACCCUGCCCCAUUCUCCCUCCUUCCAUCACCCUGCCCCAUUCUCCCUCCUUCCAUCACCCUGCCCGAUUCUCCCGCUUUCCAUCACCCCGCCCCAUUCUUCAACUUUCCAUCAUCUUGCCAAAUUCUCCCGCUUUCCAUCAACCCGCCCCAUUCUCUCGCUUUCCAUCAACCCGCCCCAUUCUCCCUCUUUCCAUCACCCCGCCCCAUUCUCCCGCUUUCCAUCACCCCGCCCCAUUCUCCCGCUUUCCAUCACCCCGCCCCAUUCUCCCGCUUUCCAUCACCCCGCCCCAUUCUCCCUCCUUCCAUCACCCCGCCCCAUUCUCCCUCCUUCCAUCAUACUGCCCCAUUCUACCGCUUUCCAUCACCCCGCCCCUUUCUCCAACUCUCCAUCAUCCCGCCCCAUUCUCUCCCUUUCCAUCACCCUGCCCCAUUCUCCCUCCUUCCAUCACCCUGCCCCAUUCUCCCUCCUUCCAUCACCCUGCACCAUUCUCCCGCUUUCCAUCACUCCGCCCCAUUCUCCAACUUUCCAUCACCCCGCCCUAUUCUCCAACUUUCCAUCAUCCCGCCCCAUUCUCCCGCUUUCCAUCACCCCGCCCCAUUCUCUCCCUUUACAUCACCCCGCCCCAUUCUCCCUCUUUCCAUCACCCCGCCCCAUUCUCCCGCUUUCCAUCACCCCGCCCCAUUCUCCAACUUUCCAUCAUCCCGCCCCAUUCUCCCGCUUUCCAUCACCCCGCCCCAUUCUCCAACUUUCCAUCAUCCCGCCCCAUUCUCUCCCUUUCCAUCACCCUGCCCCAUUCUCCCUCCUUCCAUCACCCUGCCCCAUUCUCCCUCCUUCCAUCACCCUGCCCCAUUCUCCCGCUUUCCAUCACUCCGCCCCAUUCUCCAACUUUCCAUCACCCCGCCCUAUUCUCCCGCUUUCCAUCACCCUGCCCCAUUCUCCCGCUUUCCAUCACCCCGCCCCAUUCUCCCGCUUUCCAUCACCCCGCCCCAUUCUCCCUCCUCCCAUCACCCUGCCCCAUUCUCCCUCCUUCCAUCACCCUGCACCAUUCUCCCGCUUUCCAUCACCCCGCCCCAUUCUCCCGCUUUCCAUCAUCCCGUCCCAUUCUCCCGCUUUCCAUCACCCCGCCCCAUUCUCCCGCUUUCCAUAACCCCGCCCCAUUCACCCGCUUUCCGUCACCCCGCCCCAUUCUCCCGCUUUCCAUCACCCCGCCCCAUUCUCCCGCUUUGCAUCACCCCGCCCCAUUUUCCCACUUUCCAUCACCCCGCCCCGUUCUCCCGCUUUCAAUCACCCCGCCCCAAUCUCCCUCCUUCCCUCACCCCACCCCAUUCUCCCGCUUUCCAUCACGCCGCCCCAUUCUCCCGCUUUCCAUUACCCCGCCCCAUUCUCCCGCUUUCCAUCACCCCACCCCAUUCUCCCGCUUUCCGUCUCCCCGCCCCAUUCUCCCGCUUUGCAUCACCCCGCCCCAUUCUCCCGCUUUCCAUCACCCGCCCCAUUCUCCCGCUUUCCAUCACCCUGCCCCAUUCUCCCUCUUUCCAUCACCCCGCCCCAUUCUCCCGCCUUCCAUCACCCCGCCCCAUUCUCCCGCUUUCCAUCACCCCGCCCCAUUCUCCCGCUUUCCAUCACCCCACCCCAUUCUCCCGAUUUGCAUCACCCCGCCCCAUUCUCCCGCCUUCCAUCACCCCGCCCCAUUCUCCCUCUUUCCAUCACCCCGCCCCAUUCUCCCGCUUUCCAUCACCCCGCCCCAUUCUCCCUCUUUCCAUCACCCCGCCCCAUUCUCCCUCUUUCCAUCACACCACCCCAUUCUCCCGCUUUCCAUCACCUCGCCCUAUUUUCUCUCUUUCCAUCACCCCGCCCCAUUCUCCCGCUUUCCAUCACCCCGCCCCAUUCUCCCGCUUUCCAUCACCCCGCUCCAUUCUCCCGCUUUCCAUCAACCCGCCCAAUUCUCCCUCUUUCCAUCACCCCUCCCCAUUCUCCCGCUUUCCAUCACCCGCCCCAUUCUCCCGCUUUCCAUCACCCCGCCCCAUUCUCCCGCUUUCCACCACCCCGCGCCAUUCUCCCGCUUUCCAUCACCCCGCCCCAUUCUCCCUCUUUCCAUCACCCCGCCCCAUUCUCCCGCUUUCCAUCACCCCGCCCCAUUCUCCCUCUUUCCAUCACCCUGCCCCAUUCUCCCGCUUUCCAUCACUCCGCCCCAUUCUCCCGCUUUCCACCACCCCGCCCCAUUCUCCCGCUUUCCAUCACCCCGCCCCAUUCUCCCUCCUUCCAUCACCCCGCCCCAUUCUCCCUCCUUCCAUUACCCCCCCGCCCCAUUCUCCCGCUUUCAAUCACCCCGCCCCAAUCUCCCUCCUUCCCUCACCCCACCCCAUUCUCCCGCUUUCCAUCACGCCGCCCCAUUCUCCCGCUUUCCAUUACCCCGCCCCAUUCUCCCGCUUUCCAUCACCCCACCCCAUUCUCCCGCUUUCCGUCUCCCCGCCCCAUUCUCCCGCUUUGCAUCACCCCGCCCCAUUCUCCCGCUUUCCAUCACCCGCCCCAUUCUCCCGCUUUCCAUCACCCUGCCCCAUUCUCCCUCUUUCCAUCACCCCGCCCCAUUCUCCCGCCUUCCAUCACCCCGCCCCAUUCUCCCGCUUUCCAUCUCCCCGCCCCAUUCUCCUGCUUUCCAUCACCCCGCCCCAUUCUCCCGCUUUCCAUCACCCCGCCCCAUUCUCCCGCUUCCCAUCAUCCCGCCCCAUUCCCCCGCUUUCCAUCACCCCUCCCCAUUCUCCCUCCUUCCAUCACCCCACCCCAUUCUCCCGCUUUCCAUCACCCGCCCCAUUCUCCCGCUUUCCAUCACCCUGCCCCACUCUCCCGCAUUCCAUCACCCCGCCCCAUUCUCCUGCUUUCCAUCACCCCGCCCCAUUCUCCCGCUUUCCAUCACCCCGCCCCAUUCUCCCUCCUUCCAUCACCCCGCCUCAUUCUACCUCCUUCCAUCACCCCACCCCAUGCUCCCGCUUUCCAUCAACCCGCCCCAUUCUCCCGCUUUUCAUCACCCCGCCCCAUUCUCCCGCUUUCCAUCACCCCGCCCCAUUCUCCCGCUUUCCAUCACCCCGCCCCAUUCUCCCUCCUUCCAUCACCCCGCCUCAUUCUACCUCCUUCCAUCACCCCACCCCAUGCUCCCGCUUUCCAUCACCCCGCCCCAUUCUCCCGCUUUCCAUCACACCGCCCCGUUCUCCCGCUUUCCAUCACCCCGCCCCAUUUUCCCAUCACCCCGCCCCAUUCUCCCGCUUUCCAUCACCACGCCCCAUUCUCCCGCUUUCCAUCACCCCGCCCCAUUCUCCCGCUUUCCAUCACUCCGCCCCAUUCUCCCGCUUUCCAUCACCCCGCCCCAUUCUCCCUCUUUCCAUCACCCCGCCCCAUUCUCCCGCUUUCUAUCACCCUACCCCAUUCUCCCGCUUUCCAUCACCCUGCUCCAUUCUCCCGCUUUCCAUCACCCCGCCCAAUUCUCCCGCUUUCCAUCACCCCUCUCGAUUCUCCCUCUUUCCAUCUCCCCCCUAUUCUCCCUCUUUCCAUCACCCCGUCCCACUCUCCCUCUUUCCAUCACCCCGCCCCAUUCUCCCUGUUUCCAUCACCUCGCCCCAUUCUCCCUCUUUCCAUCUCCCCGCCCCAUUCUCCCGCUUUCUAUCACCCCGCCCCAUUCUCCCUCUUUCCAUCACCCCGCCCAAUUCUCCCGCCUUUCAUCACCCCGCCCCAUUCUCCCGCUUUCCAUCACCCCGCCCAAUUCUCCCGCUUUCCAUCACCCCGCCCCGUUCUCCCGCGUUCCAUCACCCCUCCCCAUUCUCCCUCUUUCCAUCACCCCGCCCCAUUCUCCCGCUUUCCAUCACCCCGCCCCAUUCUCCCUCUUUCCAUCACCCCGCCCCAUUCUCCCGCCUUUCAUCACCCCGCCCCAUUCUCCCGCUUUCCAUCACCCCGCCCGAUUCUCCCGCUUUCCAUCACCCCGCCCAAUUCUCCCGCCUUCCAUCACCCCGCCCCAUUCUUACGCUUUCCAUCACCCCGCCCCAUUCUCCCUCUUUCCAUCACCCCGCCCCAUUCUCCCACUUUCCAUCACCCCGCCCCAUUCUUCCUCUUUCCAUCACCCCGCCCCAUUCUUCCUCUUUCCAUCUUCCCGCCCCAUUCUCCCUCUUUCCAUCACCCCGCCCCAUUCUCCCUCUUUCCAUCACCCCGCCCCAUUCUCCCUCUUUCCAUCACCCCGCCCCAUUCUUCCUCUUUCCAUCACCCCGCCCCAUUCUUCCUCUUUCCAUCUCCCCGCCCCAUUCUCCCACUUUCCAUCACCCCGCCCCAUUCUUCCUCUUUCCAUCACCCCGCCCCAUUCUUCCUCUUUCCAUCUCCCCGCCCCAUUCUCCCUCUUUCCAUCACCCCGCCCCAUUCUCCCUCUUUCCAUCACCCCGCCCCAUUCUCCCUCUUUCCAUCACCCCGCCCCAUUCUCCCACUUUCCAUCACCCCGCCCCAUUCUCCCUCUUUCCAUCACCCCGACCCAUUCUCCCGCUUUCCAUCACCCCGCCCCAUUCUCCCUCUUUCCAUCAGCCCGCCCCAUUCUCCCGCCUUCCAUCACCCCGCCCCAUUCUCCCUUUUUCCAUCACCCCGCCCCAUUCUCACGCUUUCCAUCACCCCGCCCCAUUCUCCCUCUUUCCAUCACCCCGCCCCAUUCUCCCGCUUUCCAUCACCCCGCCCCAUUCUCCCGUUUUCCAUCACCCCGCCCCAUUCUCUCGCUUUCCAUCACCCCGCCUUAUUCUCCCGCUUUCCAUCACCCUGCCCCAUUCUCCCGAUUUCCAUCACCCCGCCCCAUUCUCCCGCUUUCCAUCACCUCGCCCCAUUCUCCCGCUUUCCAUCACCCCGCCCCAUUCUCCCGCUUUCCAACACCCCGCCCCAUUCUCCCGCUUUCCAUCACCCCGCCCCAUUCUCACUCUUUCCAUCACCCCGCCCCAUUCUCCCUCUUUCGAUCACCCCGCCCCAUUCUUCCGCUUUCCAUCACCCCGCCCCAUUCUCCCUCUUUCCAUAACCCCGCCCCAUACUCCCGCUUUCCAUCACCCCGCCCCAUUCUCCCUCUUUCCAUCACCCCGCCCCAUUCUCCCGCUUUCCAUCACCCCGCCCCAAUCUCCCUCAUUCCAUAACCCCGCCCCAUUUUCCCGCUUUCCAUCACCCCGCCCCAUUCUCCCGCUUUCCAUCACCCCGCCCUGUUCUCCCGCUUUCCAUCACCCCGCCCCAUUCUCCCGCUUUCCAUCACCCCGCCCCAUUCUCCCGCUUUCCAUCACCCCGCCCCAUUCUCCCUCUUUCCAUCACCCCGCCCCAUUCUCCCGCUUUCCAUCACCCCGCUCCAUUCUCCCGCUUUCCAUCACCCCGCCCAAUUCUCCCUCUUUCCAUCACCCCUCCUCAUUCUCCCUCUUUCCAUCACCCCGCCCCAUUCUCCCGCUUUCCACCACCCCGCUCCAUUCUCCCGCUUUCCAUCACCCCGCCCCAUUCUCUCGCUUUCCAUCACCCCGCCUUAUUCUCCCGCUUUCCAUCACCCCGCCCCAUUCUCCCGUUUUCCAUCACCCCGCCCCAUUCUCUCGCUUUCCAUCACCCCGCCUUAUUCUCCCGCUUUCCAUCACCCCGCCCCAUUCUCCCGAUUUCCAUCACCCCGCCCCAUUCUCCCGCUUUCCAUCACCUCGCCCCAUUCUCCCGCUUUCCAUCACCCCGCCCCAUUCUCCCGCUUUCCAACACCCCGCCCUAUUCUCCCGCUUUCCAUCACCCCGCCCCAUUCUCACUCUUUCCAUCACCCCGCCCCAUUCUCUCUCUUUCGAUCACCCCGCCCCAUUCUUCUGCUUUCCAUCACCCCGCCCCAUUCUCCCUCUUUCCAUAACCCCGCCCCAUACUCCCGCUUUCCAUCACCCCGCCCCAUUCUCUCGCUUUCCAUCACCCCGCCCCAAUCUCCCUUAUUCCAUAACCCCGCCCCAUUCUCCCGCUUUCCAUCACCCCGCCCCAUUCUCCCGCUUUCCAUCACCCCGCCCCAAUCUCCCUCAUUCCAUAACCCCGCCCCAUUCUCCCGCUUUCCAUCACCCCGCCCCAUUCUCCCGCUUUCCAUCACCCCGCCCCAUUCUCCCUCUUUCCAUCACCCCGCCCCGUUCUCCCGCUUUCCAUCACCCCGCCCCAUUCUCCCGCUUUCCAUCACCCCGCCCCAUUCUCCCGCUUUCCAUCACCCCGCCCCAUUCUCCCUCUUUCCAUCACCCCGCCCCAUUCUCCCGCUUUCCAUCACCCCGCCCCAUUCUCCCGCUUUCCAUCACCCCGCCCCAUUCUCCCGCUUUCCAUCACCCCGUCCCAUUCUCCCGUUUUCCAUCACCCCGCCCCAUUCUCUCACUUUCCAUCACCCCGCCUUAUUCUCCCGCUUUCCAUCACCCCGCCCCAUUCUCCCGAUUUCCAUCACCCCGCCCCAUUCUCCCGCUUUCCAUCACCUCGCCCCAUUCUCCCGCUUUCCAUCACCCCGCCCCAUUCUCCCGCUUUCCAACACCCCGCCCCAUUCUCCCGCUUUCCAUAACCCCGCCCCAUUCUCACUCUUUCCAUCACCCCGCCCCAUUCUCCCUCUUUCGAUCACCCCGCCCCAUUCUUCCGCUUUCCAUCACCCCGCCCCAUUCUCCCUCUUUCCAUAACCCCGCCCCAUACUCCCGCUUUCCAUCACCCCGCCCCAUUCUCCCGCUUUCCAUCACCCCGCCCCAAUCUCCCUCAUUCCAUAACCCCGCCCCAUUCUCCCGCUUUCCAUCACCCCGCCCAAUUCUCCCGCUUUCCAUCACCCCGCCCCAUUCUCCCUCUUUCCAUCACCCCGACCCAUUCUCCCGCUUUCCAUCACCCCGCCCCAUUCUCCCUCUUUCCAUCACCCCGCCCCAUUCUCCCGCUUUCCAUCACCCCGCCCCAUUCUCCCUCUUUCCAUCACCCCGCCCCGUUCUCCCGCUUUCCAUCACCCCGCCCCAUUCUCCCGCUUUCCAUCACCCCGCCCCAUUCUCCCGCUUUCCAUCACCCCGCCCCAUUCUCCCGCUUUCCAUCACCGCGCCCCAUUCUCCCUCUUUCCAUCACCCCGCCCCCCCGCCCCAUUUUCCCGAUUUCCAUCACCCCGCCCCAUUCUCCCGCUUUCCAUCACCCCGCCCCAUUCUCCCGCUUUCCAUCACCCCGCCCCAUUCUCCCGCUUUCCAUCACCCAACCCCAUUCUCCCGCUUUCCAUCACCCCGCCCCAUUCUCCCGCUUUCCAUCACCCUGCCCCAUUCUCCCUCUUUCCAUCACCCCGCCCCAUUCUCCCGCAUUCCAUCACCCCGCCCCAUUUUCCCUCGUUCCAUCACCCCGCUCCAUUCUCCCGCUUUCCAUCACCCCGCCCAAUUCUCCCUCUUUCCAUCACCCCUCCCCAUUCUCCCUCUUUCCAUCACCCCGCCCCAUUCUCCCGCUUUCCAUCACCCCGCCCCAUUCUCCCUCUUUCCAUCACCCCGCCCCAUUCUCCCUCUUUCCAUCACCCCGCCCCAUUCUCCCGCUUUCCAUCACCCCACCCCAUUCUCCCUCUUUCCAUCACCCCGCCCCAUUCUCCCGCUUUCCAUCACCCCGCCCCAUUCUCCCUCUUUCCAUCACCCCGCUCCAUUCUCCCGCUUUCCAUCACCCCGCCCAAUUCUCCCUCUUUCCAUCACCCCUCCUCAUUCUCCCUCUUUCCAUCACCCCGCCCCAUUCUCCCGCUUUCCACCACCCCGCUCCAUUCUCCCGCUUUCCAUCACCCCGCCCAAUUCUCCCGCUUUCCAUCACCACGCCCCAUUUUCCCUCUUUCCAUCACCCCGCCCCAUUCUCCCGCUUUCCAUCACCCCGCCCCAUUCUCCCGCUUUCCAUCACCCCGCUCCAUUCUCCCGCUUUCCAUCACCCCGCCCAAUUCUCCCUCUUUCUAUCACCCCUCUCCAUUCUCCCUCUUUCCAUCACCCCACCCCAUUCUCCCGCUUUCCAUCACCCCGCCCCAAUUCUCCCUCUUUCCAUCACCCCUCCCCAUUCUCCCUCUUUCCAUCACCCCGCCCCAUUCUCCCGCUUUCCAUCACCCCGCCCCAUUCUCCCUCUUUCCAUCACCCCGCCCCAUUCUCCCUCUUUCCAUCACCCCGCCCCAUUCUCCCGCUUUCCAUCACCCCGCCCCAUUCUCCCUCUUUCCAUCACCCCGCCCCAUUCUCCCGCUUUCCAUCACCCCGCCCCAUUCUCCCUCUUUCCAUCACCCCGCUCCAUUCUCCCGCUUUCCAUCACCCCGCCCAAUUCUCCCUCUUUCCAUCACCCCUCCUCAUUCUCCCUCUUUCCAUCACCCCGCCCCAUUCUCCCGCUUUCCACCACCCCGCUCCAUUCUCCCGCUUUCCAUCACCCCGCCCAAUUCUCCCGCUUUCCAUCACCACGCCCCAUUUUCCCUCUUUCCAUCACCCCGCCCCAUUCUCUCGCUUUCCAUCACCCCGCCCCAUUCUCCCGCUUUCCAUCACCCCGCUCCAUUCUCCCGCUUUCCAUCACCCCGCCCAAUUCUCCCUCUUUCUAUCACCCCUCUCCAUUCUCCCUCUUUCCAUCACCCCGCCCCAUUCUCCCGCUUUCCAUCACCCCGCCCCAUUCUCCCUCUUUCCAACACCCCGCCCCAUUCUCCCUCUUUCCAUCACCCCGCCCCAUUUUCCCGCUUUCCAUCACCCCGCCCCAUUCUCCCUCUUUCUAUCACCCCGCCCCAUUCUCCCGCUUUCCAUCACCCCGCUCCAUUCUCCCGCUUUCCAUCACCCCGCCCAAUUCUCCCUCUUUCCAUCACCCCUCCCCAUUCUCCCUCUUUCCAUCAACCCGCCCCACUCUCCCGCUUUCCAUCACCCCGCCCCAUUCUCCCUCUUUCCAUCACCCCGCCCCAUUCUCUCGCUUUCCAUCACCCCGCCCCAUUCUCCCUCUUUCCAUCACCCUGCCCCAUUCUCCCGCUUUCCAUCACCCGCCCCAUUCUCCCGCUUUCCAUCAUCCCGCCCCAUUCUCCCUCUAUCCAUCACCCCGGCCCAUUCUCCCGCCUUCCAUCACCCCGCCCCAUUCUCCCGCUUUCCAUCACCCUGCCCCAUUCUCCCGCUUUCCAUCACCCCACCCCAUUCUCUCGAUUUGCAUCACCCCGCCCCAUUCUCCCGCCUUCCAUCACCCCGCCCCAUUCUCCCUCUUUCCAUCACCCCGCCCCAUUCUCCCGCUUUCUAUCACCCCGCCCCAUUCUCCCUCUUUCUAUCACCCCGCCCCAUUCUUCCGCUUUCCAUCACCCCGCCCGCUUUCCAUCACCCCGCUCCAUUCUCCCGCUUUCCAUCACCCCGCCCAAUUCUCCCUCUUUCCAUCACCCCUCCCCAUUCUCCCUCUUUCCAUCAAACCGCCCCAUUCUCCCGCUUUCCAUCACCCCGGCCCAUUCUCCCUCUUUCCAUCACCCCGCCCCAUUCUCUCGCUUUCCAUCACCCCGCCCCAUUCUCCCUCUUUCCAUCACCCCGCCCCAUUCUCCCGCCUUCCAUCACCCCGCCCCGUUCUCCCGCUUUCCAUCACCCCGCCCCAUUCUCCCGCUUUCCAUCACCCCACCCCAUUCUCCCGAUUUGCAUCACCCCACCCCAUUCUCCCGCCUUCCAUCACCCCGCCCCAUUCUCCCUCUUUCCAUCACCCCGCCCCAUUCUCCCGCUUUCCAUCACCCCGCCCCAUUCUCCCUCUUUCCAUCACCCCGCCCCAUUCUCCCUCUUUCCAUCACACCACCCCAUUCUCCCGCUUUCCAUCACCUCGCCCUAUUUUCUCUCUUUCCAUCACCCCGCCCCAUUCUCCCGCUUUCCAUCACCCCGCCCCAUUCUCCCGCUUUCCAUCACCCCGCUCCAUUCUCCCGCUUUCCAUCAACCCGUCCAAUUCUCCCUCUUUCCAUCACCCCUCCCCAUUCUCCCGCUUUCCAUCACCCCGCCCCAUUCUCCCGCUUUCCAUCACCCCGGCCCAUUCUCCCGCUUUCCAUCACCCCGCCCCAUUCUCAUGCUUUCCAUCACCCCUCCCCAUUCUCCCGCUGUCCAUCACCCCGCCCCAUUCUCCCGCUUUCCAUCACCCCGCCCCAUUCUCCCGCUUUCCAUCACCCUGCCCAUUCUCCCUCUUUCCAUCACCCCGCCCCAUUCUCCCUCUUUCCAUCACUCCGCCCCAUUCUCCCUCUAUCCAUCACCCCGCCCAAUUCUCCCGCUUUCCAUCACCCCGUCCCAUUCUCCCACUUUCCAUCACCCGCCCCGUUCUCCCGCUUUCCAUCACCCCGCCCCCUUCUCCCGCUUUCCAUCACCCCGCCCCAUUCUCCCGCUUUCCAUCAUCCCGCCCCAUUCUCCCGCUUUCCAUAACCCCGCCCUAUUCUCCCGCUUUCCAUCACCCCGCCCCAUUCUCCCGAUUUCCAUCACCCCGCCCCUCUCCCGCUUUCCAUCACUCCGCCCCAUUCUCCCGGGUUCCAUCACCCCGCUCCAUUCUCCCGCUUUCCAUCACCCCGCCCAAUUAUCCCUCUUUCCAUCACCCCUCCCCAUUCUCCCUCUUUCCAUCACCCCGCCCCAUUCUCCCGCUUUCCAUCACCCCGCCCCAUUCUCCCUCUUUCCAUCACCCCGCCCCAUUCUCCCUCUUUCCAUCACCCCGCUCCAUUCUCCCGCUUUCCAUCACCCCGCCCAAUUCUCCCUCUUUCCAUCACCCCGCUCCAUUCUCCCGCUUUCUAUCACCCCGCCCCAUUCUCCCUCUUUCGAUCAACCCGCCCCAUUCUUCCGCUUUCCAUCACCCCGCCCCAUUCUCCCUCUUUCCAUAACCCCGCCCCAUACUCCCGCUUUUCAUCACCCCGCCCCAUUCUCCCUCUUUCCAUCACCCCGCCCCAUUCUCCCGCUUUCCAUCACCCCGCCCCAAUCUCCCUCAUUCAAUAACCCCGCCCCAUUCUCCCGCUUUCCAUCACUCCGCCCCAUUCUCCCGCUUUCCAUCACCCCGCCCCAUUCUCCCUCUUUCCAUCACCCCGACCCGUUCUCCCGCUUUCCAUCACCCCGCCCCAUACUCCCGCUUUCCAUCACCCCGCCCCAUUCUCCCGCUUUCCAUCACCCCGCCCCAUUCUCCCUCUUUCCAUCACCCCGCCCCAUUCUCCCGCUUUCCAUCACCCCGCCCCAUUCUCCCGCUUUCCAUCACCCCGCCCCAUUCUCCCGCUUUCCAUCACCCCCCCCAUUCUCCCUCUUUCCAUCACCCCGCCCCAUUCUCCCGCAUUCCAUCACCCUGCCCCAUUUUCCCUCGUUCCAUCACCCCGCUCCAUUCUCCCGCUUUCCAUCACCCCGCCCAAUUCUCCCUAUUUCCAUCACCCCUCCCCAUUCUCCCUCUUUCCAUCACCCCGCCCCAUUCUCCCGCUUUCCAUCACCCCGCCCCAUUCUCCCUCUUUCCAUCACCCCGCCCCAUUCUCCCGCUUUCCAUCACCCCGCCCCAUUCUCCCUCUUUCCAUCACCCCGCUCCAUCCUCCCGCUUUCCAUCACCCCGCUCAAUUCUCCCUCUUUCCAUCACCCCUCCUCAUUCUUCCUCUUUCCAUCACCCCGCCCCAUUCUCCCGCUUUCCACCACCCCGCUCCAUUCUCCCGCUUUCCAUCACCCUGCCCAAUUCUCCCGCUUUCCAUCACCCCGCCCAAUUCUCCCUCUUUCUAUCACCCCUGUCCAUUCUCCCUCUUUCCAUCACCCCGCCCCAUUCUCCCGCCUUUCAUCACCCCGCCCCAUUCUCCCGCUUUCCAUCACCCCGCCCCAUUCUCCCGCCUUCCAUCACCCCGCCCCAUUCUCCCUCUUUCCAUCACCCCGCCCCAUUCUUACGCUUUCCAUCACCCCACCCCAUUCUCCCUCUUUCCAUCACCCCGCCCUAUUCUCCUGCUUUCCAUCACCCCGCCCCAUUCUCCCUCUAUCCAUCACCCCGCCCAAUUCUUUCACUUUCCAUCACCCCAUCCCAUUCUCCCGUUUUCCAUCACCCCGUCCCAUUCUCUCGCUUUCCAUCACCCCGCCUUAUUCUCCCGCUUUCCAUCACCCCGCCCCAUUCUCCCGAUUUCCAUCACCCCGCCCCAUUCUCCGCUUUCCAUCACCCCGCCCCAUUCUCCCGAUUUCCAUCACCCCGCCCCAUUCUCCCGCUUUCCAACACCCUGCCCCAUUCUCCCGCUUUCCAUCACCCCACCCCAUUCUCACUCUUUCCAUCACCCCUCCCCAUUCUCCCUCUUUCCAUCACCCCGCCCCAUUCUCCAUCUUUCCAUCACCCUGCCCAAUUCUCCCCCUUUCCAUCACCCCGCCCCAUUCUCCCGCCUUCCAUCACCCCGCCCCAUUCUCCCUCUUUCCAUCACCCCGCCCCAUUCUCCCGCUUUCCAUCACCCCGCCCCAUUUUCCCGAUUUCCAUCACCCCGCCCCAUUCUCCCGCUUUCCAUCACCCCGCCCCAUUCUCCCGCUUUCCAUCACCCAACCCCAUUCUCGCGCUUUCCAUCACCCCGCCCCAUUCUCCCGCUUUCCAUCACCCCGCCCCAUUCUCCCUCUUUCCAUCACCCCGCCCCAUUCUCCCGCAUUCCAUCACCCCGCCCCAUUUUCCCUCGUUCCAUCACCCCGCUCCAUUCUCCCGCUUUCCAUCACCCCGCCCAAUUCUCCCUCUUUCCAUCACCCCUCCCCAUUCUCCCUCUUUCCAUCACCCCGCCCCAUUCUCCCGCUUUCAAUCACCCCGCCCCAUUCUCCCUCUUUCCAUCACCCCGCCCCAUUCUCCCUCUUUCCAUCACCCCGCCCCAUUCUCCCGCUUUCCAUCACCCCGCCCCAUUCUCCCUCUUUCCUUCACCCCGCCCCAUUCUCCCGCUUUCCAUCACCCCGCCCCAUUCUCCCUCUUUCCAUCACCCCGCUCCAUUCUCCCGCUUUCCAUCACCCCGCCCAAUUCUCCCCAUUUCCAUCACCCCUCCUCAUUCUCCCUCUUUCCAUCACCCCGCCCCAUUCUCCCGCUUUCCACCACCCCGCUCCAUUCUCCCGCUUUCCAUCACCCCGCCCAAUUCUCCCGCUUUCCAUCACCACGCCCCAUUUUCCCUCUUUCCAUCACCCCGCCCCAUUCUCCCGCUUUCCAUCACCCUGCCCCAUUCUCCCGCUUUCCAUCACCCCGCUCCAUUCUCCCGCUUUCCAUCACCCCGCCCAAUUCUCCCUCUUUCUAUCACCCCUCUCCAUUCUCCCUCUUUCCAUCACCCCGCUCCAUUCUCCCGCUUUCCAUCACCCCGCCCCAUUCUCCCUCUUUCCAUCACCCCGCCCCAUUCUCCCUCUUUCCAUCAACCCGCCCCAUUUUCCCGCUUUCCAUCACCCCGCCCCAUUCUCCCUCUUUCUAUCACCCCGCCCCAUUCUCCCGCUUUCCAUCACCCCGCUCCAUUCUCCCGCUUUCCAUCACCCCGCCCAAUUCUCCCUCUUUCCAUCACCCCUCCCCAUUCUCCCUCUUUCCAUCAACCCGCCCCACUCUCCCGCUUUCCAUCACUCCGCCCCAUUCUCCCUCUUUCCAUCACCCCGCCCCAUUCUCUCGCUUUCCAUCACCCCGCCCCAUUCUCCCUCUUUCCAUCACCCUGCCCCAUUCUCCCGCUUUCCAUCACCCGCCCCAUUCUCCCGCUUUCCAUCAUCCCGCCCCAUUCUCCCUCUAUCCAUCACCCCGCCCCCUUCUCCCGCCUUCCAUCACCCCGCCCCAUUCUCCCGCUUCCCAUCACCCUGCCCCAUUCUCCCGCUUUCCAUCACCCCACCCCAUUCUCUCGAUUUGCAUCACCCUGCCCCAUUCUCCCGCCUUCCAUCACCCCGCCCCAUUCUCCCUCUUUCCAUCACCCCGCCCCAUUCUCCCGCUUUCUAUCACCCCGCCCCAUUCUCCCUCUUUCUAUCACCCCGCCCCAUUCUUCCGCUUUCCAUCACCCCGCCCGCUUUCCAUCACCCCGCUCCAUUCUCCCGCUUUCCAUCACCCCGCCCAAUUCUCCCUCUUUCCAUCACCCCUCCCCAUUCUCCCUCUUUCCAUCAAACCGCCCCAUUCUCCCGCUUUCCAUCACCCCGGCCCAUUCUCCCUCUUUCCAUCACCCCGCCCCAUUCUCUCGCUUUCCAUCACCCCGCCCCAUUCUCCCUCUUUCCAUCACCCCGCCCCAUUCUCCCGCUUUCCAUCACCCGCCCCAUUCUCCCGCUUUCCAUCACCCUGCCCCAUUCUCCCUCUUUCCAUCACCCCGCCCCAUUCUCCCGCCUUCCAUCACCCCGCCCCAUUCUCCCGCUUUCCAUCACCCCGCCCCAUUCUCCCGCUUUCCAUCACCCCACCCCAUUCUCCCGAUUUGCAUCACCCCGCCCCAUUCUCCCGCCUUCCAUCACCCCGCCCCAUUCUCCCUCUUUCCAUCACCCCGCCCCAUUCUCCCGCUUUCCAUCACCCCGCCCCAUUCUCCCUCUUUCCAUCACCCCGCCCCAUUCUCCCUCUUUCCAUCACACUACCCCAUUCUCCCGCUUUCCAUCACCUCGCCCUAUUUUCUCUCUUUCCAUCACCCCGCCCCAUUCUCCCGCUUUCCAUCACCCCGCCCUAUUCUCCCGCUUUCCAUCACCCGCCCCAUUCUCCCGCUUUCCAUCAUCCCGCCCCAUUCUCCCUCUAUCCAUCACCCCGCCCCCUUCUCCCGCUUUCCAUCACCCUGCCCCAUUCUCCCGCUUUCCAUCACCCCACCCCAUUCUCUCGAUUUGCAUCACCCCGCCCCAUUCUCCCGCCUUCUAUCACCCCGCCCCAUUCUCCCUCUUUCCAUCACCCCGCCCCAUUCUCCCGCUUUCUAUCACCCCGCCCCAUUCUCCCUCUUUCUAUCACCCCGCCCCAUUCUUCCGCUUUCCAUCACCCCGCCCGCUUUCCAUCACCCCGCUCCAUUCUCCCGCUUUCCAUCACCCCGCCCAAUUCUCCCUCUUUCCAUCACCCCUCCCCAUUCUCCCUCUUUCCAUCAAACCGCCCCAUUCUCCCGCUUUCCAUCACCCCGGCCCAUUCUCCCUCUUUCCAUCACCCCGCCCCAUUCUCUCGCUUUCCAUCACCCCGCCUUAUUCUCCCUCUUUCCAUCACCCCGCCCCAUUCUCCCGCUUUCCAUCACCCACCCCAUUCUCCCGCUUUCCAUCACCCUGCCCCAUUCUCCCUCUUUCCAUCACCCCGCCCCAUUCUCCCGCCUUCCAUCACCCCGCCCCAUUCUCCCGCUUUCCAUCACCCCGCCCCAUUCUCCCGCUUUCCAUCACCCCGGCCCAUUCUCCCUCUUUCCAUCACCCCGCCCCAUUCUCUCGCUUUCCAUCACCCCGCCCCAUUCUCCCUCUUUCCAUCACCCCGCCCCAUUCUCCCGCUUUCCAUCACCCGCCCCAUUCUACCGCUUUCCAUCACCCUGCCCCAUUCUCCCUCUUUCCAUCACCCCGCCCCAUUCUCCCGCCUUCCAUCACCCCGCCCCAUUCUCCCGCUUUCCAUCACCCCGCCCCAUUCUCCCGCUUUCCAUCACCCCACCCCAUUCUCCCGAUUUGCAUCACCCCGCCCCAUUCUCCCGCCUUCCAUCACCCCGCCCCAUUCUCCCUCUUUCCAUCACCCCGCCCCAUUCUCCCGCUUUCCAUCACCCCGCCCCAUUCUCCCUCUUUCCAUCACCCUGCCCCAUUCUCCCUCUUUCCAUCACACCACCCCAUUCUCCCGCUUUCCAUCACCUCGCCCUAUUUUCUCUCUUUCCAUCACCCCGCCCCAUUCUCCCGCUUUCCAUCACCCCGCCCCAUUCUCCCGCUUUCCAUCACCCCGCUCCAUUCUCCCGCUUUCCAUCAACCCGCCCAAUUCUCCCUCUUUCCAUCACCCCUCCCCAUUCUCCCGCUUUCCAUCACCCCGCCCCAUUCUCCCGCUUUCCAUCACCCCGGCCCAUUCUCCCGCUUUCCAUCACCCCGCCCCAUUCUCUUGCUUUCCAUCACCCCUCCCCAUUCUCCCGCUGUCCAUCACCCCGCCCCAUUCUCCCGCUUUCCAUCACCCCGCCCCAUUCUCCCGCUUUCCAUCACCCUGCCCAUUCUCCCUCUUUCCAUCACCCCGCCCCAUUCUCCCUCUUUCCAUCACUCCGCCCCAUUCUCCCUCUAUCCAUCACCCCGUCCAAUUCUCCCGCUUUCCAUCACCCCGUCCCAUUCUCCCGCUUUCCAUCACCCGCCCCGUUCUCCCGCUUUCCAUCACCCCGCCCCAUUCUCCCGCUUUCCAUCAAUCCGCCCCAUUCUCCCGCUUUCCAUCAUUCCGCCCCAUUCUCCCGCUUUCCAUAACCCCGCCCUAUUCUCCCGCUUUCCAUCACCCCGCCCCAUUCUCCCGAUUUCCAUCACCCCGCCCCUCUCCCGCUUUCCAUCACUCCGCCCCAUUCUCCCGGGUUCCAUCACCCCGCUCCAUUCUCCCGCUUUCCAUCACCCCGCCCAAUUAUCCCGCUUUCCAUCACCCCGCCCCAUUCUCCCGCUUUCCAUCACCCCACCAGCCAGUUGA